CACCGUCCUCCCCCACACCCCGGGAUAAGCACAGCUCUUUUUUUUUACCGGUGAAAGAUUGGUCGGACAGCGAGGGUGCCAUUUGGCGCAGUAUUGAGCUACAACCGUCGACAAAAAAAGGGCGUCCCAGUUAUUUAUUCUGAUUUUUACUUAAUACGUUAAAAACAUUCACAAUGAGCUCAAUGAACGUGAAGAAGCUGAAAGUGAACGAGUUGAAGGACGAGCUGAAGAAGCGGGAUCUGUCGGAUAAAGGGCUGAAGGCCGAGCUGAUGGACCGCCUGCAGGCCGCGCUGGACGAGGAGGCCCUGGCAGGAAACCCUCCGCUGGACCAAGAGGCUGCAGCGGCGGAGGGGUCAGGCCAGGCCGCAGAACAGGAGGGCAUGGGAGAGGAGGAAGAAGGCGAAGGCCCGGUGGAGGAGAGCAUGGAGGCCAACGAGGAGGUGGGAGAGGAGGAGGAGGAGGAAGAGCAGCCGGAAAAUGGAGGCGGCGGCGGUGGUGGUGAUGCCGCUGCCGAAGACGAAGAGAUGGGCGAAGGGGAGGAAGAUGGAGAUGAUGGAGAGGACGACGAGAUGGACCCAAUGCUCAAGGGAGACGUCGACGACAUGGAGAAAAUAGACCCGGAGGACGGUGAGCCCGCCGACCAGGCUGCUGAGGGGGAUGCGGACAAAGACACGAAUGCUGAUCAGAAGAAUAAGAAGGGUGUUAAGAGACGCCGGGAGGAACAUGGAAGGGGCUACUUUGAAUUUAUUGAAGAAAACAAAUACAGCUGGGCUUCAUUUAAGUCUCCCGUGCCCCCCCUCGAGGAAGAAGAUGAGGAGUUUGACGACACAAAAGUCUGCCUGGAUACCUACAACUGCGACCUGCACUUUAAGGUGUCACGGGACCGUUACAGUGCCUCAUCUCUCACCAUGGAGAGCUUUGCUUACCUCUGGUCCGGAGGCAAGGGCACCUAUGGUGUGAACAAAGGCAAAGCCUGCUUUGAGAUGAAGAUUUCAGAGAAAAUUCCUGUGAAGCACAUCUCCAGCAAGAACAUGGAGAUUCACGAUGUGCAGGUUGGCUGGUCCCUGUCUACUGGCACCCUCCUCCUCGGUGAGGAAGAACAUUCUUAUGCGUACUCUGGGAAAGGCAAGAAGACCACCAACUGUGUGACAGAGGACUUUGGAGAGACUUACGAGGAGAAUGAUGUCAUCUGCUGCCUUAUUGACUUUGAGGGAGAGGAGCUGGUGUUGUCGUUCUCAAAGAACGGUGGAGAGCCAGCCGUCGCUUUCCAGGUCAAGAAGGACUCCCUGAACGGCCAGGCCCUCUUCCCCCACGUCAUCUGCCACAACUGUGCCGUGGAGUUCAACUUUGGCCAGAUGGAGACUCCGUACUUCCCUCAGCCCGAGGGUUACACCUUCCUGCAGCAGAUCCCCGUGGACGACAGAGUCCGGGGCCUCAAGGGUCCACAGACCAAGGCUGACUGCGAGAUCAUAGUGAUGGUUGGCCUGCCAGGCUCUGGGAAGACUACAUGGGUGAAGAACCAUGUCCAAGAGAACCCUGGGAAGUACUACAUCCUGGGCAGUGACACCAUUGUGGACAAGAUGAUGAUCAACAGCCUGAAACGGCAGUCGAAAGACAUCACAAAACUGAGUGCCAUUUCCCAGCGAGCACCUCUUUUCCUUGGAAAGUUCAUCGAGAUCGCGGCCCGCAAGAAGAGAAACUACAUCCUAGAUCAUACCAACCUGUCUGCCCCAGGCCAGAAGAGGAAGAUGUGCUUGUUUGCAGGCUUCCAGCGCAAGGCUGUGGUGGUCUGCCCCUCUGACGAGGACUACAAGCAGAGAGUCCAGAAGAAGGUCGAGAGUGAUGGCAAAGAAGUGCCCGAGCACGCCGUUUUCAAAAUGAAAGGCUUCUACUCCCUGCCCGAGGGGGGAGAGAGCUUCAGCGAGGUCAUCUAUGCGGAGCUGCAGAAGGAGGAGGCCGGCAAGCUGCUGGAACAGUACAAAGAGGAGAGCAAGACGGCUCUGCCGGCCGAGAAGAAGCCCAACCAGGGGAGCACAACGCCAAAAAGAGGCGGCGGCCUGCGCGGUGGCGGCCGUGGGGGCAAGAACCAGUUUGGCCGUGGCAGUGGACCCGGACAGAGAGGCGGUGGCCGCGGAGGCUUCCAGAGCAGAGGCAACUUCAGAGGAGCCCCUGGCCCUCGUGGCGGCUUCAACCGUCCACCUCGUGGCUUCCUCCCUCCCCCGGCCUUCAGGGGAGGGUUCCAUAACCGUGGGAACUUUAACCGGGGCGGCGGUGGCCCCAUCCCCAGCUUGGGCGGAUCCCCCAGGGGCGGACCAAUGAGAGGCAACAUGGGACCCAGAGGGGGUCACAUGAACAGAGGUGGCCCAAUGAACCGUGGAAACAUGAGCAGAGGAGGCGGAGUCAACAUGCAUCGCGGUGGUUCCAGGGGACAUCACAACCAGUUCCAGCAGAGAGGUGGUAACCGUGGUAACUUUGGCAACUUUGGAAACAAGAAUGGCAACUUCGGUAACAACCGGAACAGCGGUAACUUUGGCAACAGGAAUGGCAUGGACAAGGCCCAAGCCUUCAACCAGAGCUGGCAGCAAGGGUUCUGGAACCAGAAGCCAUGGAGCCAGCAGUAUCAGCCUGGAUAUUACUAAGACACUUGUUGUAACGGACUGGUGGCCGACACUCGACCACCGCUAGCCACGGAACAUCCCUCCACCCCGCUCUUUUUAAUUUUACUUUACUCUAGAACCCACUUUUAAUAAUCCCAAACCCACCAACUGACAAUGAAGACUAACGCGAUAUGGAGCGACAACAUUCCACAUCAGGGAGGAGACCAGAUACCUGAGUGUAAUGGAAGCUUUAUAUCUAUCUACACAUGAGGUACAACGUGGGUUCAGUCUCAUUCAAUCAUCCGUUUUUAUUUCUUUUGUUGUAUAUUUCAUUAUGCUUUAUUCCAACACUUUUAAAUGACGUGCUUUUAAAAGGAAACAAAAAAAAUCUCAUGUUUGUUAUCAGGAACCAGAAACCUUUUUGCCAGCCCCUGGGGCAGAUGUUGAGAGCUUUUUUCUUUUAUUUUUCUUUUUUCAGGGCUGUGCAUUUUAUCUGUGCUGUGAUUAUUUUUGUUUUGCUUUUUUUUUAUUACAAAUUGUAAAUAUUCGUUGUUUUUUUUGUUUUGCGUAGUCUGUAUGAGAAGUUCAAAGAACUGGUAAUGAUUGAAAGGAACCUUGGCUUGUUAGCGAGAAGCAUGGUAGCUGAUUAAACUGUUAGGCUGUACAUGUCCAUAGAGUGCGCGGUUAAACCGAAGCAACCAGAUGAACUGUCUUUUGUUCUCAGUAUCGAACCUGUAACCUAAACUCCAUAGACCUACAAUAAACAACUCGUUGGCUUUUUACAUUCUUCUUGGCUUAUGACUUUUGAUUCGCUUCAAAGGUGUGUAAAAGACCUUUGAAUAGGCAAUGUCCUAGUUUGCUACUCCAAACAGUGAGGACAUCAGCCACUCCUUUUCCUCCUCAUUAGUAAAGUAUUCCCUCCAUGUUUCCUGUCUUGGAAACGUCCUUUAGGUAUUCUAAUGUUCAUCGCUUUGAGAAGCAUUUUGACCAAGCCAUUUAAUGACUUUUUCUUUAGUAAGCCAUUUGUAGUACUUUUUAUUAUUUAUUUUUUCUAAUAAUUAGGAUACAGACCACACUUGGUUCUCAGGAGCAAAGUGUGGUUCUUGGAUCGUCUCCAUCAUGGGUUCCUUUAGCACAGACUUCUGAAAACGAAUAGUGCCGAUCGGUCCAAUUAAUCUCAAACCAGAACCACAAUGGAAUUUUGUAUUAUUUUUUUUUUAAAGUGUAUUUCCACCACUAUUUUAAAGUUCAAACUAAUUUCUGCCGAUGGUAGUUCAGCCACAGAGUGACAGAAAGCAGGCAGGGUAACUCAUUUUCACCAGCAAACCUAAAGGGCUACACAGCGUCACAACUGUCCACCGGUCAACACCUCCAACUCUACCAACUCCAAGGUGUUCCGUUGCGCUGAAGCUCCCCCAGACUUCAUGGCUGGUGACUGUGUGGCCCCGGCAAUAAUGGCAGCUCCUCGUCCAACAGCCCAUAAUGUGUCCCGGCACAUUAUCCUGGCAGAGGACACCCUGCUUGUGUUUCAACAGUGGAACAUCAGAGCUGGACUAACCAUCCCAGUAGAUCAGAUAAAACCCAGUGGUGUGUGUUUGUUAUUUUUACCUGCCCCUGUUGAUAUUUAAUAAACAUGUAAAUACAUCACCACUAUUUCAACCCAUGCACGAAUGUUCAUUAAUUAAUUGGCUUGGAGUAAUAACUGUAUUGUGAUAAGAAAGUGUUAGUUUGCCCGAGUACUGCUGUGUGAUGAAUUGUCAACUAUAUUUAAAUGUGUGGAGAGUUUGUGCCCUCCUGUUUUUAUUGUACUGGAUACAUCCAUCUAACAGAAUGCAAGCUUUUGAGUUCACGGUAUAACCUCUAACACGACAGACUCUAUAUUUUUAUCGCUUUAUGUUGCAGGUUGUAUAUCAGGUCUUUUAUUAUUAAACCAACAAUGCAAAAGCUUUGAGACUUUUCCCAGGUUUGUUGUCUUUUCUAUCUUACGGUUUUUGAUAUUUGUGUUUUGAAAACUGGGACUGUAUUUUCUUUUUUAAUUUGUCUCAACUCUAUUAAAGUUAAAGAAGCUGGUA